AUGCGUCCACACCCAUACGUCGACACUCCUUCCACUUUAUGGGAGAAUGCAUCAAAUGGUAUACCGUGUGUUACGUACCCAGAAAUAAUAAAUAUACUACGAUCAAGAAAGAAGAAACAAUCGUUAGAUAUCCAUGGUCUAUCACCUUUUCUACUGGACAAGAUCCCUCGACAUUACUGGUUUCUUCUGGCGCAACUGUAUAAUUAUUCAUUUACUGAAAGUUAUAUAGUGAAGAAAUUUAAAGAAGUACGAAUGGUACUGCUCGCUAAGAAAAGUGCUAUAUGUGUACCUGAUCAAACACGACCUAUCUCACUUCUCUAUUCGUUUUUGAAAGUUCAGGAAAAACUAUUUCUCAACAGAUUCGUUCAAGUGUUGAAAGACAGAGGUAUAUUACCAGACAAUCAAUCUGGUUUUCGUCCUGGGCAUAGAUUACAAACGCGUGUGUUAUUACUUAUCGAACAGAUUUCGUCAUACAUGGCAAAUAGCUCUCCGGUUUCGACUGUCUUCGUAGAUUUUAAGUCCGCAUUUGAUCAAUUAUGGUUUGAAGGAUGUUUGGGGAAGCUCAUCAGACUGGGAAUUCCACAUGCGUAUGUGAAUUGGAUUCAUGCCUGGCUAACUGGUCGUAAAGCAACAAUCGAAGGACAGGGUAAAAGAUCGAGAUGGAUUGAAAUUAGUCGUGGUGGUCCACAAGGUUCGAGUCUUACACCCUCGUUAUGCAUUACGUAUCAUAGUGAUAUGGCUGAUUAUAUCCCUGGAGCAAUGUCAUUCUUUUUUGCAGAUGAUCUGGCAGCAAUACUAGCCGGGCAAAUAGGAAUUCGCUUUACUGAUCAGUGCAUUGAUCUCGGACGUCGAUUACAAUCGUUCCUAGAUCAACUUGAAUUCUACUCGAUAUUAUCGGUACAACCGAUAAACUAUGCGAAAACGCAAGCAAUGUUCUCGGCAAGAGCGAUUGGAUAUCCAAACCCGAUGCCUCAAGUUCGUUGCGGAGAUCACAAGAUUGAGUGGAUCUCGUCCUUCAAGUACUUAGGUUACUGGCUCACGACGAAGCUGGGGUGGGGAAAUAUUCUAACAAAGAUCCGAAUUACUGUUCGUCAGAAAACAGCGCUGGUUAAUUCGUUCAAAAUUAGUGGUACAUCUUCCACCCAUUUACGACGAGCACUUUUCUCCACAUUCGUGCGGCCACAUUUCACGUGGCUAUUUGGAAUUUUCCCGUUACUAACCGAUUCGCAGCGUGCUGAUCUUAGCCAUCUAUACUUCACACUUUUGAAGCGGAUUUAUUAUUGUCAAUGCUGGCAGGAUCUACUGUUUCCAUCAUUAUAUAGAGAGAAAUCACUGGAUGACCAUUGUUAUGUUUACUGGGAAAAAUAUCUAAAAGCAUUAGCCAAGUCCAGGGAUGGAUAUCUUAUACUGGAGCAAUCAGAACUUAAUACACAUAGAACUAUCUGGCACCAAGAUGCAAAAUUGAUUCGUUGUCUAUAUAGGUCGAAAAGAUUUGUAUCACAUGUGGAUAUCUUUGGACAAGUGAUUAAAUGGAUGGGAACUCAUGGGACGGCUGACUCAAUUAUUGAUUGCAACGAGGAUGAGUUAUCUUGCUUUGCUUUAUAA